AUGCUUGGGUAUCUCACCCGCAUAGUGCGGCAGAUCAUCCCCACGUUCCUUACCGCAUACUUGCUGUGGGCUAUCAAGUGCACCGCGGUGGAUGUGGCGUACAAACACUUUCUCCUCAACGACCAGCCAGUCAUUGCAGCUCUGUACGGCGCCGCGGCCAUCUUCCUCCUCGGCCACGUUACCCUCCUGUUCACGUACCUCUGGUUCCUCUCCGCCGACCACUCUCUCCCGUCUGCCUCGCCGCCAGACUUGGACACCGUCUUUGAGUGUAUCCCGCCUCCCUCCAAUGUCCAUGCCAUCCACAGCAAGCAGAAGGACUUGGACGAACACAUCAUCGUCCGCUCGCACGACCAUGACGCCAUCACCCAGCUCGUGCAGCGCUGCGAGACCUGUGAUGGCGCUCCCAAGCCUGGACGCGUGAGACAUUGUCGCACCUGUGGUAAAUGCCGCACCGCGUAUGACCACCACUCUCCUACUCUUGCCACCUGCCUCACCGCGCCUUACCUCCCGGCCUUCCUCGCGAUCCUCAUCCUGGGCACUCUGGCGACAUUCCUCCUUGCGGCCCCGCUCUAUACGCAUCUAUGGUACCACGGUGUCAAGGCAUGGGACAUGUCUCGCUCAGACGGAAUGCGUUCGCAGCCGCUGUUGUGGCCAGACUUGCCGCGCUGGUGGCCCGACUCCCAACCGUGGUGGCCCGACUCGCUGUCGUGGCCUGACUCGCCGCUGCAUCUCUGGACCGCCCAGUCAAUCUCGUUCAUCCAGGCCUGGGACGGCGUUCCCAGCUUUGAAGUGGCCGGAAUGUUCCUCCUAGCCCACAUCCUUGCUGGCAUUGCAAUCUUCUUGCUGUAUAGCCUCGUCUCGAACAUCCGCGUCGGCGACUUCACCAUCGACAUGUGGCGCGCUGCGACGUACGACAAGGCCCUCGACGCUGCCGCAAUGAGCUACGCGCUUGGCGAGGACAUGUCGGACAAGACGGCCGCCGCCCUGGCGCGGUUCAGUCCCAAGCUGUGGUUCUUCGUUCCCACGCCCACGCCGACCCACUCCACCCGGUCGGCGGGCAGCUUUGGCGAAGGCGUCCUGGGUGUCGUCCUGCCCAUCCUCGACGGCGAACGCCCGUACGACCUCGGCCCCGCGUCCAACUGGGACAACUUGGUCGCUGACGGUCGUGGCUGGUUCUGGGUUCUCCCGUGGAACGCAAUUGAGCCACUCAACCAGGACCGGUCCGUCGUCAUCAACCCCGCUGUCAAGGCCCGCCUCGAAGAGACGGCCCGCGAGGUGCUCGUUCUAGACAAGGACCACAACGGCUCCAACUGUGCCAACGUCACGCCGGGACGCAAGACCAAGGCCCAGUCCCAGCGCGACGCCCUCGGGGUCAAGCGAGAGAAUGGUCUUGACCACGACCACGAGCAGCCUGCCGGGCCACGCCGCUCAUCCAGGCGUAUCGCCAGCCGUAGCGACGACUCUGGAUCCGACUACAAGCCCACGGCGGCUGCGUCUCGCAUCCCGGUCAACACCGCCCUCAAGAAGCAGCGCUCCAGCUCGGCUCUGAACGCGACCGCGGCGAUGGCCACUCGUUCCGCCACCCGCUCCGCGUCCGAUACGUCCACGCGCGGCCGUGCGACUCGUCCAACCCCUCAACCCUAA